GUGAACGAAGCUAGAAUCAAAGCGGCGCAUCUUGAGGAAGGUGGGGUGCCUGUGGAAGAGGGAAGGCAGGCGACUGGAUAGGGUCUGGCUCGGGAGGCCGGCAGAGCAGCAGCUGCAGAAGCAGGCAGAGGCAGAGAGGGCAUGGUGUCGGGAGGCGCCGAGAAGGAGGCGCAGUCCGUCCCUCCCAGGGUUAGUGAAUGAGGCUCUCCGCCCGGGCUAGCCCGGGGACUGUGUGCUGCGGGUCCCAGCAUGAGUGCGGGCCCCGGCUGUGAGCCCUGCACCAAGCGACCCCGCUGGGGCGCCGCUGCAACUUCUCCGCCGGCCGCCUCGGACGCCCGGAGCUUCCCCGGCAGGCAGAGGCGCGUCCUCGAUCCCAAGGACGCUCCGGUGCAGUUCAGGGUCCCGCCGUCCUCGUCAGGCUGCGUCCCGGGGCGGGCGGGAUCGCACAGAGGCAGCGCCACCUCGCUUGUUUUCAAACAGAAGACUAUUACCAGUUGGAUGGACACAAAAGGACUCAAGACAGCUGAAUCAGAAAGUUUGCAUAGUAAAGAAAACAACAAUACAAGAGAAGAAUCCACGAUGAGUUCUGUACAGAAAGAUAACUUUUAUCAACAUAACAUGGAAAAAUUAGAAAACGUUUCUCAGCUAGGUUUUGAUAAAUCACCAGUUGAAAAACGUACACAGUAUUUGAACCAGCAUCAGACUGCAGCUAUCUGUAAGUGGCAAAAGGAAGGGAAACAUUCAGAGCGACUUUUGGAAAGUGAACCUCCAAUAGUAACUCUGGUACCAGAGCAGUUCAGUAAUGCUAACAUUGAUCAGUCACCCCAAAAUGAUGAUCACAGCGACACAAAUAGUGAGGAGAGUAGAGAUAAUCAACAAUUUUUGACACCUAUAAAGCUUGCAAAUGCAAAACAGACAACAGAAGAUGAACAGGGUGUAGAAGCCAGAAGCCACCAGAAGUGCAGCAAGACUUGCCAUCCCGCCGAAGACUGUGCAGGGUGUCAGCAGGAAGAGACAGACGUGGUGCCAGAGAGCCCCUUGUCAGAUAUCGGCUCUGAGGAUGUUGGUACUGGACUGAAAAAUGCCAACAAAUUGAGUAGACAAGAAAGUAGCCUAGGAAAUUCUCCUGCAUUUGAGAAAGAAAGUGAACCCGAGUCACCAAUGGAUGUAGAUAAUUCCAAAAAUAGUUGUCAGGACUCAGAAGCAGAUGAAGAGACAAGUCCAGGUUUUGAUGAACAGGAAGAUAGUUCCGCCCAAACAGCAAAUAAACCUUCAAGGUUCCAAGUAAGAGAAGCUGACACUGAAUUGAGGAAACGGUCCUCUGCUAAGGGAGGUGAGAUUCGAUUACAUUUCCAAUUUGAAGGAGAGAGUCGCGCUGGAAUGAAUGAUUUAAAUGUCAAACUACCUGGAAGUACUUCUAGCCUGAAUGUAGAGGGCAGAAAUUCUAAGCAACAUGGGAAAAAGGAUUCUAAAAUCACAGAUCAUUUCAUGAGAAUGCCGAAAGCAGAGGACAAAAGAAAAGAACAAUGUGAAAUCAAACAUCAAAGAACAGAAAGGAAGAUCCCUAAAUACAUUCCACCUCACCUUUCUCCAGAUAAGAAAUGGCUUGGAACUCCUAUUGAGGAGAUGAGAAGAAUGCCAAGGUGUGGGGUCCGGCUGCCUCCCUUGAGACCAUCUGCCAAUCACACAGUGACUAUUCGGGUAGAUCUUCUGCGAGCAGGAGAAGUUCCUAAACCUUUCCCAACACAUUUUAAAGAUUUGUGGGACAACAAGCAUGUUAAGAUGCCUUGUUCAGAACAAAACUUGUACCCGGUGGAAGAUGAGAAUGGUGAGCGAACUGCAGGGAGCCGGUGGGAGCUCAUUCAGACUGCACUUCUCAACAAAUUCAGUCGACCCCAAAACCUGAAGGAUGCUAUUCUGAAAUACAAUGUGGCAUAUUCUAAGAAAUGGGACUUUACAGCUUUGGUUGAUUUCUGGGAUAAGGUUCUACUUGAGAAGGAAGAACUGCCGAGAGGAAAAACUCCUUCAGGCAAGGUACUAGAAGAAGCAGAAGCUCAACACUUAUACCAGUCCAUUUUGCCUGAUAUGGUGAAAAUUGCACUCUGUCUGCCAAAUAUUUGCACCCAGCCAAUACCGCUCCUGAAACAGAAGAUGAAUCAUUCCAUCACAAUGUCACAGGAACAGAUUGCUAGUCUUUUAGCUAAUGCUUUCUUCUGCACAUUUCCACGGCGCAAUGCUAAGAUGAAAUCGGAGUAUUCUAGUUAUCCAGAUAUUAACUUCAAUCGGUUGUUUGAAGGACGUUCAUCAAGGAAACCAGAGAAACUUAAAACACUCUUCUGCUACUUUAGAAGAGUCACAGAGAAAAAACCUACUGGGUUGGUGACAUUUACGAGACAGAGUCUUGAAGAUUUUCCAGAGUGGGAAAGAUGUGAAAAACUCCUGACUCGAUUGCAUGUCACUUACGAAGGAACCAUAGAAGGAAAUGGUCAAGGCAUGCUACAGGUGGAUUUUGCAAACCGUUUUGUUGGAGGUGGUGUAACCAGUGCAGGACUUGUACAGGAAGAAAUCCGCUUUUUAAUCAACCCUGAGUUGAUUGUUUCACGGCUCUUCACUGAGGUGCUGGAUCACAAUGAAUGUCUUAUCAUCACAGGUACUGAACAGUACAGUGAAUACACAGGCUAUGCCGAAACAUACCGUUGGGCCCGGAGCCAUGAAGACAGGAGUGAAAGGGACGACUGGCAGCGGCGCGGCACUGAAAUCGUCGCCAUCGACGCCCUUCACUUCAGACGCUACCUCGACCAGUUUGUGCCUGAGAAAAUCAGACGCGAGCUUAACAAGGCUUACUGUGGAUUUCUUCGUCCUGGAGUUUCUUCAGAGAAUCUUUCUGCAGUGGCCACAGGAAACUGGGGCUGUGGUGCCUUUGGGGGCGAUGCUAGAUUAAAAGCCUUAAUACAGAUACUGGCAGCUGCUGUAGCUGAGCGAGAUGUGGUUUAUUUCACCUUUGGGGACUCAGAAUUGAUGAGAGACAUUUACAGCAUGCACACGUUCCUUACUGAAAGGAAACUGACUGUUGGAGAAGUAUAUAAGCUGUUGCUACGAUAUUACAAUGAAGAAUGUAGAAACUGUUCCACCCCUGGACCAGACAUCAAGCUUUAUCCAUUCAUAUACCAAGCUGUUGAGUCUUGUGCGGAGACCACCAACCAGCCAGGACAAAGGACUGGGGCCUGAGGAUCCAAGUGAAUAGAACCUCCUUCCACCUCUCAUGAGAAACAUCCUUUCUGAACUGUCAGGUGUAACAUAUGAACUGACUUAAUAUAAAUGUGUAUAUAAUCCACAUUUGUAGGCAAGGAUGCAGUCCCUUCCACAAACAUAGAUUCAGACAUAUUUUGUUUCCAUUUUUUUCUAUUUCAGUCUUCAUUCUUUGAUUUUUCUUUCUUUUGCCCAUAAGAUUUCUUGUGAAAUUUCAUGAAAGUUUGUGCUCAGCCUGUCAGGUCUCUUUUUUGAUGCCUGUAUAUUAUACAAAUUGCCUCUGCAGCUAGCAGAUGCCAGGGAAGAAGGUGAAAUCCUAGAAUCUGUUUAACUAACUGGGUCUGCUAAAGAUCUCCCUGUGAGCCUUUCACCCCCUACUCUUCUUAUGAUUGCAUUGUUGGAGUUUUUGAUUUUUGAAAAUUAAGAGUUGGGUUUUUUUUUUUCAUACAUGUUACAUAAUGCAGAUCCCCUGCGUUAAAAGUUUUGUAUUUAAGGCAGAAUAAUUUCCAGAAAGUUAUUUAGUGACAUCACCUUUAUCUGUAAUGGUUUGUCUGUCCUUUUUCCCUGAUCAAUUUUUAUUGAUACUGUUUUUGGAAACUGACCUAAAUGGAAGGAAAUGUAGAAUAAAAGUGUUUCCCAAAUGGUGUUUAAAAAACAAACAGAUUCAAGAGACUUGAAGGAUCUUUUGUUUCUUGGGGUUUUUUUUUUUCUUUCUUUUUGAAUUAGGAUUAUUGUUUGUUCCUUGGUGCUUGAGGCAUAUUCAUAUAACCAGAGUUUAGAAACUGGGAACUUCAUGGUGAUCUGUACAUAGUGAAGUUACUCUAGUACUCAAAGGUUAUAUAGUUAAUAAAUUUUCAUUAACAAAUCAUUUGUCAAACUCCCAUAUCAUCUAUAUUUCAUAUAUAUAAAAAUAUAUGUUCUUUAAGUGUGUCUACAUGCAAGCACAUAAAAUCUAAA